GAGUGGAGAAUGAGUGGAGCAGAGAAGGUGGUAUGUGUAACCGGAGCGUCUGGUUUCAUAGCUUCAUGGCUUGUUAAGUUGCUACUCCAACGAGGCUACACUGUCAAGGCCACUGUUAGAGACCCAAAUGAUCCAAAGAAGACACAACAUUUGCUUUCACUCGAGGGAGCUAAGGAAAGACUUCAUUUGUUCAAAGCAGAGUUGGUGGAUGAAGGAUGCUUUGACUCCAUAGUGGAUGGAUGCCAAGGUGUUUUCCAUGCUGCUUCCCCUGUCUUCCUUUCCGCUGCUGACCCACAGGCAGAAAUAAUUGGUCCGGCCGUUAAGGGUACACUUAAUGUUCUUAAAUCAUGUGCAAAAGUAGCUUCAAUCAAGAGAGUUGUCAUAACGUCUUCCCUGGCUUCAGUUGUACAUAAUGGAAGACCUUUGACUCCGGAUGUGGUGGUUGAUGAGACUUGGUUUUCAGAUCCAGUUCUAUGUGAGGAAGGCAAGCGUUGGUAUAUGCUUUCAAAAACCUUAGCUGAGCAGGCAGCUUGGAGGUUUGCAAAAGAUACUGGAAUCGAUGUGGUAACAAUACAUCCAGGAAUGGUAUUCGGUCCUCUUUUACAGCCAGCUCUAAAUUCCUCAUCAGAGGUGAUUCUAAACCUCACAAAAGGAGAACACAGUUUCCCAAGUCCAACUUGUGCAUUUAUUGAUGUUCGAGAUGUUGCAUACGCACAUAUUCAAGCGUUUGAGGUUCCUUCAGCUUGUGGCAGAUAUUGCCUAGUCGAAAGAUCUGUACCCUAUUCUGAGGUUCAGAAGACCUUGUCUGAACUUCACCCUACUGUGCACCUUAAUGAAAAAUAUGAAGAUCAUAGCAAGCCUCCUGAGCAAACCUACCAGGUAUCCAAGGAGAAAGCAAAAAGUUUGGGUGUCAGCUUCGUUCCUUUGGAGGUGAGUCUGAGGGACACUGUUGAGAGCUUGAAGAGCAAGGGUUUCUUAAGCCUCUGA